AGCACCUCGCCAGCGGUCCUGGCGGCUGGGGGCCAACGCCGAGGAGAGGAACAGUCGCCAGCCGUCCCGCCUGGCCCGCGCCGCGACCUCGCAGCUGGCGUCUCGCCUCCUUGCCCUCUGCGCCUUUCACAGCCCCAGCCGCAGGGGCGCAGCCUGGGCAGCCUCCACCAGAAUGCCCCCACAGCUGCAGUAACUGCCCUCGGUUCAGGCCUUGGGGCCCGCAGCCUCCUCUGCGCGCACGGCUUCGACGGUUAUCCUCAGAUCAGCUGGAAGCCCAGACCAGCUGCAAGCGCCCCAGCUCCAGGAUCAAUUCCGGGCCCCUUGACCACCUGGCAAUCGUGCGCAAAAGACCCUUCGGCCCGCGACGGGAGCCUAGUCCCGGUUCAAACGUCACGUCGCUGUCGGCGCCUGGCCUCGAGCUCCAGAACACGAGCAGAGCCGUCGGUGAGCGGGAUACUCCUGAGCCUGUGUCUGCACUGAGCCAGCCCGGAAACCGCGGGCGCCAAGCCUCCAGAGCGCCCCUGGGAGGGAAGCUGUGCUCCCGGUGCCAGUUGCGAGGACCCGCUAAGCUCUCCGCAGACGGGCCCAGGGUCCGUUCUGGUGAUCCUCCGUCCCAAGCCCAGCAGCUCCCAGGCUCGCCCCCGCACCUGGACAGCAGCGGGCAGCGGGGACACGCGACGGCUGCGCCAUGACGGCCGAGAGCGGGCCGCCACCGCCGCCGCCGCAGCCGGAGGCGCUGGCGGCCGUGAAGGAGGAGCGCGGUGAGGCAGGUCCCGGGGUCCCGGCGGAGACUGCGGGUCGCGGCGCGGGCGGGCGGAGACGGAAGCGCCCCCUGCAGCGCGGAAAGCCGCCCUACAGCUACAUUGCGCUCAUUGCCAUGGCCAUCGCGCACGCGCCGGAGCGCCGCCUCACGCUGGGCGGCAUCUACAAGUUUAUCACCGAGCGUUUCCCCUUCUACCGUGACAACCCCAAAAAGUGGCAGAACAGCAUCCGCCACAAUCUCACGCUCAACGACUGCUUCCUCAAGAUCCCGCGCGAGGCCGGCCGACCGGGCAAGGGCAACUACUGGGCACUCGACCCCAAUGCCGAGGACAUGUUCGAGAGCGGCAGCUUCCUGCGCCGCCGAAAGCGCUUCAAGCGCUCCGACCUCUCCACUUACCCCGCUUACAUGCAAGACGCGGCCGCUGCCGCCGCCGCCGCCGCCGCCGCCGCCGCCGCCGCCAUCUUCCCGGGCGCGGUGCCCGCUGCGCGACCGCCUUACCCGGGCGCCGUCUAUGCAGGCUACGCCCCGCCAUCGCUCGCUGCGGCGCCCCCGGUCUACUACCCCGCUGCGUCGCCAGGCCCGUGCCGUGUCUUCGGCCUGGUGCCAGAGCGGUCACUCAGCCCAGAACUAGGCCCCGCUCCGUCAGGGCCAGCGGGUUCCUGCGCCUUUGCUUCGACCGGCGCCUCUGCCACGACCACCGGCUAUCAGCCCGCCGGCUGCGCAGGCGCCCGACCUGCCAACCCCUCCGCCUAUGCGGCUGCCUACUCCAGCCCUGACGGCGCGUACCCGCAAGGGGCGGGCAGCGCCCUCUUCGCAGCGGCUGGCCGGUUGGCCGGGCCCGCCUCUCCCCCAACGGGUGGCAGCAGUGGCGGCGUCGAGCCCGCAGUGGACUUCUAUGGACGCACAUCGCCUGGCCAGUUCGGAGCGCUGGGGCCCUGCUACAAUCCUGGUGGGCAGCUCGGAGCGGGCAGUGGAGGUACCUACCAUGCUCGCCAUGCGGCCGCCUAUCCUGGCGGAGUAGAUCGGUUCGUGUCCGCCAUGUGAGCCGAGCAUAAGGGCGAAAAUUCAUAGAUACCUCGACUGUCCUUAUGAACUAAGUAUCCGCGAAACCUGAGGACGGGACUAAAGAGAGGACCGAAUUGAAAGCCACAAGGGAGGGACCGAGCCGCCAGGACAGGCGCAGCCUCCUCGUGCACCGUGUACACACUGGUACGCUUUGAAAAUGGGAAGAGUUGACGAGAGGCAUCCGCGGCCCACAGACUGGGACAGUGGACCCUCACUGAGGCGAAGCUCCAAAGGACGUGCCUUUCUGACAUUCUAUUAGGAAGGGUCCUUGGCUAUAAAGCGGGCGCUAUGUAGUGUCUACAUCAGAGUCUGGGGUCUCCGAAUUGUGGGGAAUAACAUGACUUCACUCUUCCCUGUACUUCAGGAAAUUCGGGUCCUUUCACACAGUUUGGACUCUUGUGCCUUUGACUACUUACGACAAUAAAAGACUCCAAUAGCGCCUUCCUACUUAAGGUGAGGAGGACAAAUUUGCAAAACAAGUACCUGGGUUUUUUUAAUGGGAAAAAAGAAAUCUCUAUGCUUCGCUUGACCAGGGGCUGGUUUUCCCUGCCUCUGAGAACCGCAGACCUGGCUCCGAGUCUGGACUGUACCCCAGCUCCACAAUGUCACCCACUCCCAUCACUCACACCCCCAGUUUCCCCAUCUGUUAUACCAGAGAGCUGCAGAAUUCGAUGGUCCCGCAUAUGAUCUUUAAGUGCCCAUCAUCAUUGUUGCUACCCUGCAUAUUUGGCAGCAUGGGUGGGUCACCCAGGGCCUAAUCGUAUUCCAGGGAAUGAGAACAGAGCUUAUGGCAAACAUCUAACUUAAAAGUCUCUGGAUUAGCUCCAAACACCGGUUAUAUCGUAAUUUCUUGACUCUUUUGAGCAUGAUGUGCUGAUCAUUCGGCAGCUGUUACUGCUGGUUCACAAAUGCAGUUUUCCAAUGAGGCAUAUAGGAAUACAUUUGUCCAUUGCCCGCUCUUUCUUUUCAUCAACAGCCCCAGACCCAAUGGGUGAACUAAAAUUCAAAGAGACGACAGGACUCAGGGGAGUCUGUUGGUGACAGCUUUCAGUAUGUCAGGCUGGCUCUUCCAUCCCUGGCACCCUCUGAGGUACCUUAGCAGCCUCUGUGCAAAAAGAAAAGAGAAAAACUAAUUGGGGUGGUCAGUUAAGUAAGCUUUAGAAAGAAACUGGUGUUUAAAUUUGUUUUGUAUCCAUUUGUUUGUUUCAAGCAGCAAGCUGACCAAAAUUGGGGAAAAAAUCCAACCACUAUCACACCUUUCUUUUGAGAAAUCUUGUAAGUUUUGAUUCUGGGGCUAAAUUUUCCAGCAUUAAAUAUUUCAGAGGCUUAGUGUGCAGCUUUCAGAUAAACCUGAGUGUACAGAUGAACUGUUUUAAUAAAAAUCUUGAGUAAUUGAG